AUGUUUGUGGGUCGAACUAUACGAUUCCACCAUUUUAUCUUUCUCUUUCCGGGUUAUUUGUUUGUGUCAGUGUUGCUGGUUAUGUCAACCCCCAUAAAUGCCUCUCUCUUGUCUAUUCAGUCGAUAUAUUUGUUUCAUUUUUAUCACUGUCUAUUUUCUCCUUCAUUAUUUAAUAUUCGUUUUUACACAUAUUUCCUUUUUAGCGCCCUUUUCUUCGCCAUCUUUGAAUCUCAACAACAGUUUCAGCUUACUGCUACUUCUUCUUCUUCUUCUGCUUCUUCUUCUUCUUCUUCUUCUUCUUCUUCUUCUCUCUCUCUUUCAGUCACUUUUUAUUCUCUUUCGCUUUCUAUUUUCCUUUUAUUUACCUCUCUUUCUCUGUCACCAUUUCUCUUCUUUUCAGCUAUCAUGACCUGUCUAUUCAUUCAUUUAUGUUUUUAUUCUGAUUACCUUCUAACGCUUUCCCCUCUGUCUCUUUCAUUUUCCCUUUUUAAUGCUUUUCAUUUAUUCCUACUCUACCGUCUUUAUUCUGCACUUUUUUCCGAUUUUAGUUCUCCGUCAUCUUUCUUUCUAUUUCUUUCUUUCUUUCUUUCUUUCUUUCUUUCUUUCUUUCUUUCUUUCUUUCUUUCUACUUACUUCAAAACUGUAGCGGUGAGCUCAUUGGCUUCCUGUGGCGCCACCUCGUGGCAUCAAGAGUUAAUAUUCUUAAAAGGGUAA